AGUCCGCAACUGAGGAAACAAGGGAAGGCGAACAACAAUGUUACUCUGGGAUUAAGUAAUCACACGAUAAGAAAAUUUUGGUCAAGCCAUGUCUAAAUCGUGGGUUUUAGUCGCGUUGUUCAUUCAAUUAAUCAUCUUAAUUUUCGUGUAUCGACUGUUUAAAAAUGAUUCCGCUCAUACUGAACAAGGGAAGAUUAUUGGUGCGCAGAUGGACUCCACUCACACGCAGGAGUUGACAAACUCAGCUUUGAGACAAAUAGAAGCCAUUGAAAUCGACUGGAGUAAAAUACCACAAAAACAGACGCCUCCGAAGGGAGAUAUGCACGACAAAUGGAUAGUUCUGACUACAAUUAAUGCGCCGACAUCAGAUGUGAAGAAGUUGGCCGGUAUUGAAGGCUGGAAGGUUGUAGUUGUAGGUGAUACGAAAACACCGGCAGACUGGAGCCAUCCCAAUUGCGUUUUCCUGAGUGUUGAAAAACAAAAAUCUCUGGGAUAUCGCAUCCACGACUUGCUUCCGUACAAAAGUUAUGCGCGGAAAAACAUCGGAUACCUUUAUGCCAUUCAACAUGGGGCUAAAAUUAUCUACGAAACAGAUGACGAUAACUCACCAACAAGUGGGAAAAUAACCUUCCACCAGUCAGAGCUGGGUGACUUCAACGUCUACAAGACGGAAUCGAUGGUAGUUAAUCCUUACGAACACUUUGGACAGAGUACUAUUUGGCCUAGAGGGUACCCAUUGGAACACAUCGCUGAUCCCCCGUCACACAAGUUUGUUAAAUGUCAAGGGGUGGACACAUCCAUACAGCAGGGCGUAGUAAAUGGUGACCCAGAUGUGGACGCUGUCUUUCGUCUAACAAGAAAGGACAAAGGUGUGGACUUAAAAGUAGAGUUUGCUGCUGACGCACUACCAAUUGUUCUUCCUCCAAACACGAUGGCUCCUUUUAACUCCCAAAACACGCUGUUCUUGAACAAAGCCUUGUGGGGCAUGUUGAUACCAAUCACAGUGGCAUUUCGAGUCUGUGAUAUCUGGCGUGGUUACUGGGCACAGCGGUUGCUAUGGGAUGUUGGCUCGCAGCUGUCAUUUUUCCCGCCAAAUGCUGUUCAGUUUCGAAAUGCUCACAACUAUCUUGAUGAUUUCAUCGAUGAGAAAAUGUUUUACCAUAAUGCUGGGCGUUUCGUCGAGUUCUUGAUUAAAUGGAAAUCUGACAAAAGGGAUUUCUUCAGCAGAGUUCUAGAUCUGAGCAUAGCAAUGGUUCGAGAAGGCUUCUGGGAGAUCAAGGAUGCCAUGUUAACAAAAGCAUGGUUAGAAGAUUUAGUUAGCGUUGGGUAUCAGAUGCCAGCUUUAAACCCUGCUCAUCAGUCAUGCGAAAAGACGAUAGGAGCAGAAACUGAACUGCGCACGAAAGAGAAACCAUCGUCAUACCUACGCGCGGGGAGCAAACUACAAAAUUUAGAAUUAUAAUAAGGUUAUAAUUACUAAUGUCGAAUCAAAAAGGUGUAAGAAUUUAAAUGAAUAAAUUGGUUCGCUUUUGUAGUCACCGUUGUGACUGCUCCUCCAGUUUUUCAGUCAAGGCAGUACAUAGCCUGACAUCAGUAUGCAUAUUUUCUACACUAUUCACCCAUUUC